CCUUCCCUACCCCCUCCCCUUUCUCUCUCUUUCACUCUCUCUCUCUCUCUCUCUCUCUCUCUCUCUCUAUAGACAUAUAUUGUUUUCUGGAUUGAUUGAUUUCUGGAUUGAUUGAUUGAUUUAUGGACAAGGGAUGGGGGCUAACUCUGGGUUCUGAUCCGAUUGGAUUCUUCGCCAACAAGCAAGCAGCUAGCUUUGUUUUAGCUCCCAAGUUGGACAUGUUUCCCGUCAAUCUUAAUCCGACGCCGGAGGAGAACCGGCCGCCGGUCGGUGAGGUCGACUUCUUCGCCGAUAAGAACAGGUCAGACGAUCGCCGCAUGGAUUCCAAGGCCAGCAGCAUCAGUGUCAAGAAAGAAAAUGGUUCCGAUGUGAAUACUGGUUUGCGCCUUCUUACUGCUCACACUGGAAGCGAUCAAUCGACGUUGGAGGACGGGACGUCGUCGGACGCAGAAAAUAAACGAGCAAAGAACGAGCUCGCCCUAUUGCAAGCCGAGCUUGUACAGGUGAAUGAGGAAAAUCAAAGGCUAAAAGGCAUGCUCUCUCAAGUUGGCAACAAUUACAGUGCUCUUCAGAUGCAUCUGAGAACACUGAUGCAACAGCAGCAGAUGCAACAGAAUUCCAUAGCCGACAGCAACCAAGAACACGAGAUGGCAGAAGGAAGAUCAGAAGAUAAGACGGUGGUGCCAAGACAGUUCCUUGACUUGGGGCCCAGCGCCACCGGCGACACGGAGGAGCCGUCUCAUUCCAAUUCCUCGUCAGAAGAAAGGACGCUUUCUGGAUCGCCGGAGAACCACAAGAAUCAAGAGAUGGUUCUGUUCGAUCAAGACAAGGCUAAUCAGGGAGACGACGGCAAGAGGAUUAGUCCGCAAUCGGAAGCUUGGCUUCCCAAUAAGCUUCCCAAAUUAGACACAUCUAGCAAGAGCAGUGUUGAUCAGGCCACUGAAGCUACCAUGAGAAAAGCCCGUGUCUCAGUUCGAGCUCGCUCCGAUGCACCCAUGAUCGCCGAUGGUUGCCAAUGGCGGAAGUAUGGCCAGAAGAUGGCCAAAGGAAAUCCUUGCCCUCGAGCUUACUAUAGAUGCACCAUGUCGGUUGGCUGUCCAGUCCGCAAACAAGUUCAAAGAUGUGCGGAAGACAGAACAAUUCUGAUAACUACCUACGAGGGAACCCACAACCACGCUCUGCCGCCGCCCGCCAUGGCGCUGGCGUCAACCACCACGGCGGCUGCAACCAUGCUACUCUCAGGGUCCAUGCCAAGCGCCGAUGGAGUAAUGAAUCCGAAUUUCUUGGCGAAAGCGAUCCUUCCAAGCUCGUCGAGCAUGGCUACAAUUUCAGCUUCCGCUCCGUUUCCGACAGUAACGUUGGACCUGACCCACAAUUCCAACAACCCAUUGCAGUUCCAACGAUCUCCUGCCCAAUUCCAAGCCCCUUUCGCCGCCUCACCGAUGACGGCUGUGCCGCCGCAUGUCUUCGGCCAAGCCUUAUAUAACCAAUCCAAAUUCUCCGGCCUCCAGGUUUCCCAGGAAACAAAGUUGCCACCACCGCCGCCGCAACCGCAUCAAGCUCAGAAUCCGUCGCUGGCAGACACCGUGAGCGCGGCCACAGCCGCCAUAACCGCCGAUCCUCACUUCACGGCGGCUCUCGCCGCCGCGAUCUCCUCCAUCAUCGGCGGUGGACAACCGAACAGCAACAAUGCUGGCGGCAGCUCUAACAACACCACCUCCACCACCACCACAAACACCAGCGGAAGCAACGGCAACAAGAUGGGGAUGUUCCCAGGAAACUAAUUGGACACGAUCAAAUCUUUUUGUUGUUAGUUUGCUCUUUUACAUUUUUUGUGAGAUUAGAUGUUCAUACACAGAAGGAAAAAGUUUGAUUCUUUGUUUUCGUUCCACUGGGAAUAAUUCGGUUCACAUUUUCAGUUCGAUCGGUAAAUAUAUGGAAAAGGGAAAAUAUCAUGAGUUAAAGGCUCA